UUCUCCGGUACCUUGGGGUGGCUGUCUGCGCCCCCUGCUUCCUAAUCACUCCAUCUCUGAGCAGGCGUCCCCUGGGGCCCCGGGUGGGGUCUGGCUGAGCUCAGAAGUCGAAGGGAAGCCUCAUUUCCCCUCGAGAUUCCGAGAGGUGGAGACCGGCAGAUAGGACCCCACUGGAUCGAGAGCCCCUCAAUCCCCAACCUGGGAAGAAUCUGUAGAUGGUUCCUGGACGUCUUAGCUGUGCUGUGGGUCACUAAAGGCACUCGGUAGUAUAGAGCCGUGUUUUGCGGCUUGUCUGUGGUCAGAGGUAUCUGGGACGCUAACAGGUGUUUUUUGAGGAUUGAGGGUUGGGGCUGGGGGUGGGGGUGGGGUGGAUUCUGCGCACCCAGGAUGUGUUUGGUUUGUUAAUCUAGGCUUUGGUGAGUGAUGGUGGCUAAUUUUUAGGGUUUAUGGUUUAUUGGGCCUUAUGUAUGAGAUGGAAUUUUAAAUAUUUUUAACCGUUUCUCUCGUUCUUAGAGAAUUUUUGUAGCAACUUAAGAAAGGUUCCUCCCACAUCUAAUAAUCUAUCAGGUGAAUUUGGAUUAUUUUAUGUCACAAAAUGGAUACAUGCUCUGGGAGGGAACGGGGUCAGAAAAUCCAGUGCAGGUCUUGGGUAAAAAUCAAUAGAUAUUUAAGAAAUUCAAAGCAUGUUUAAGUUCAAAUAUUACGUGUGUUUCUUAUUUGCCAGAAUAGGAAGAGUAGGUAUUUUGCUCUCUAAAUGCCCUGUUGUGGGUUUUUGCCUACAAAUAAACGUUAUAUAGCAACAUUUUACCCUCUUCUUCAAAAUUACUGAACUGAAACAUUAUCUAUGCAUCAAAAGAAAAUACUUUGCAGGAAAAAAAAAAAAAGAAUGCUCUUUUAGCCUACCGAUUUUGAACAGCAUUUGAGGAUGCAUCUCUCAAAUUCUCUUGACUAUUCCCUCAUGAACACCUUGUGAAAUAUUAAAACCUGUGGACAAUCUGCCGCAUUGCGCAUGGGGUGGACCUGCGCACCGCUGAAUAUCGUCUCCAAAGCACCCAGCGGCAAAUCCUAAUAUUCCAAAUAUUCCUUUGUAAUCGUUUUGGCCAUAAAAGUGUUCCCAAACAAUAAUGAUAUCUGUGUAGAAAGGUAUUUUUAGUAAUUAACGAUGGGAUCACGCUGGUUUCAAAAUGGAGCGCCACUAAUUUGUGGCCAGUUGAUGCUGAGGAAUUGUGGUGGAUCACUAUGAUCUCACAAAUAAGAAAGUGUAUUUUUUAUUUGGAAUGUCUGUAUUUUGUAACUAUUUUGCCACUACGGUACAAUGGCUGUUGAGAUCAUUGUUUCAUAUUGGUAAAAAGCAUUACCUAUUGAAAAGCAGGCCCUUGGUCAGAGGCACGUAGGCCUGUCCCCUGGCAGCUCCAAAGCCUGAGGAGCCCCCUAGGUGGGCUGGGACAAGCGUGGGGGUGGGGAGGAGUUGUGGCCAUGAUGGCCAAGCCCUAGGGUUCGGAGCUUCAGUCGCUUUUCCCUGGAUUGGGUGGCUGAGUGCGACCAAGUGACUAAAAACCGAGGCAGGCUUCAGGUCCUGUUACGCAGCAGAGGGUGAGGUCAUGGGCAGAUACGGAGGACUGAAGGGUUCUUUGUAAGUCCUGUGGUAGCAUUAAGAGCUUAUUGGAACUUAAUGGUCGGUUGCAUUUAAGGGAAUAAAUAAUCUGCAAAUCACAUUUGAACUCAGGCCAGGAGAAGACUAGUUAACGCUUUUGCUACUGUUGGAAAUGCCCCCAUUGUCCAUGUUAACCCCAAUUUUAAAAAAAUUAAACUCAAUUUUUAAAAAUUAAGUAAGAAACACUUGGACUCUUAAGAGCUCACAAGCCAGGAAGUGUAACUCCCAGCGUCCUCAGCCCGAACCUCUAUCCGUUUACAGUUCAGGGAGCCACUGACAUGUCGGAGCCUCGGUGUUUUUACGGGCCAGGCUGUGAGCUGGGCUUGCACUCUUCAUGGGGACCAGGGAAAAGAGCAAAACGCGCUAUUAUAAAUGUGGCCAAGCACCAGGGCUGAAAACCAAACGUAUUUUCCUGUCAGAUGCUCCUUCAAAUAAAUAUAUUUCGCCAGAAUUCUGUUUUCUGAGCUAGAGAAGCAGGGGAAAUCGGAACAAAGACAGUAUUUCACUCUGGGCAGGCAGGCAGCUGUUAGAGGUAUUUACGGCCUUGCCGCAGUGCGGCCGCGGGGCAGGGCACGCGGGGGCACCGGAAGCUAGGGAGAAGCCACCAAGAACUCGGAAUUCCGAUUUAAGUCCAAUUUAGGGCCACUUUUCCGGAAUUGGUGUGAAUAGAUACCCUCUUUCUAGGAACGAGUCCAUUAGACUUGAUGGUUGUGCAGAAUGAGGAAUAAGUCGUGCUUUCUGAACGUAGGGUGAUUUUGCCCCGCCUCGAUUAACCACUCAAGAGAAGCAGUGUACUGGAUGUGAAAUUGCUGAUCCAAAUGACAACCUUGAGAGUGUUCAUUGGCAACAUGGCGAUUUUGUUGGCUUGGUGGAACAGGGCUUGCAAAUCAGAAAGGACGGCUGGGGGGUUUUAAUACAGGUUUUCCUGAAAAAAAAAGAAAAGAGAAAGUACGUUUCCUGCCUCUCUGAGAUGGGGCGUCCAAGCUCCUCUGCAGGUGAGCACGCAAGCAGUGCGCGCUGGCGCACGCCGCAGAGCGCUGCGCGAGCUGCUCUUACAGUUCAGUGCCCUAAGCGCCUGCCACGCACGCUCGUUGGGCGUCUGGCGCAUGUGCAGUGAAAUAGCCCAGCCCGGGGAUCCAGCCAUAAGGCACGGAUGGGGGAGGGGGCAAGUGGACUCAGCCGGAAGAUAGAACCCGAUCUCUCCACUCCCCCCUCCCUCAGUAUUCGCUGCUCAUCUUUCCUUUAUUCCAGCCUUCAAUCUAAAUAUAGCCAAACAUGUUGUCCUGGACUACGUUAUUUGCAAUCAUCUUGACUCGCCACCCCAUCCCAGUUUAAAUCUGUACUUUAGAAACAGUCUGCAAAUGCGAACUAGUGGCCAAAGGGAAGCCAGAUCUUCUUUGAAGGUGUUAAAAGUGACACAUACACGCACACACACGCACACACUUUUAACACCUUAAAAGAACAUUUUUAUGUGUGAUCCUCAGGGAAGUGUUAGUUUUUUUUUUUCAGCCUGGUGCUUCUGCUUUAGGAAAAGGCCUUUCCUCCAGGCUUCUGCUCAAACCGCUAAACUUAAGGCCAGUCCUUCAGCCGUACUAUUCCCGGACUUUGUUACGCCAGAGCAGCACGUUCGAGGGCUCUGCGGGGUCCAGCGGCUCGGCAGAGAGCGGUCAAAUAAAUAAACGGGCAAACCGGAGGGAUUUUCCGCCUGGACUCGCCUAAUUAAUGGGGGAUGCACGCUCCUGGGCCGAGAGCCUGGGGGGUAGGACGGGAGGGGGUCUCAGGAUCCUCUCGCCUUCUGGCCGCCCCAGGGGACACUGGGGGACCGGCUCCCAGCCUCUGGUGCGGGAAGAUCUCCACCCGCGCGGAGAAGCCUCAGUCUCGGGUUUUCCGGGCGGCCUCAGUCCCCCUGCUCCGCUGUCUGGCACCUUGUCCAGGAGGAGGCGCUGUAGGACAAGCGUCUUGCCCGCUGCGGCGGCGCCGGUGAUGCCCCGGGCGCGGGCGGGGGUAGGGGAGGACACGUGACUCCUCUUCCUCCUCCACCUCCUCCUCCUCCUCCUCCUCCUCCUCCGGUCGCCAAGUGCUUUGGCCUCUGUGGAGGGUCGGAGGUACUGCGCCCACCCCCAGAGGGCUGCUUCCCGGGAUGGGCAGUUUUAGGUAGACCCGAGGCCGCGGAGCCUGAAGGCAGAUUCCAGGGUGGCAGGCCACCUCACUUCCUCCGCCUUCCCGGAGGUGGCGCGAUUUCCGCGCGCUGGGCUCCUAGAAGCAGGAAACUAGGGUCCCGCGGUAGGACAAGACGUGUUUAACCAUCCCCCUCGGGCUGGGCUGCUGUUCUUGCCACUUUUCAUUACUGCGAUCCUUGGUAGCUAGAAUCCGCAGCCUUGAAAAGCACGACGUUCAGCGCCUCCCGAGGCAGGCGGACGGGCCUCGCGCUGACUCUCCUACCACAAGGCCUGGGUUCCGGGAUUCCCUCUGGGCUUCCUUGAGGCUGAGAGGGCGGAUCUCAUUGACUUUGCAGCUUGAGAACACUGCAGAUGCACAUCUCAGCCCUUUUCCACACCACCCACACACACUCCUCUCACCCCUGCGCCCAUUUCAGGACCUUGGUGGGCUCCACGGGUCGUUUCUUGCACCACUGUGACACCCAACUUCGACAGUGGGCCCCGACCCAACACCACUGAUCCUCCAUUGUCUGUUGUCAAUGCAGUCUUUUUCUUCCCUCUUUUCCGUACUUAAGGACAAUGAUUCUUUAAUAAAGACCUGCAUUCAAAUUUGUUUAUAAUUCAGGUUCCUGGGUCUCAGGCCGGACUUAAUAAAUCAUAAUAUCUGGGACCUGCAUUUUGUAAACACUCUCCCAAAAGGCAAUUAAGAAGCAUGCUUAUAUUUGCCCACUACUGAUCAAGUGUCUUUCCUGCUUCUUCUAUGGUUCUUUGGUAUCCAGGGGCCAAGUUCCCUUUACCACUCAGCAACCCCCAUAGUUCCUGGGGCUCCCUCCCUAACUGAGUUUUUAAAUGUCACUACCCUAUAGGCUGAUUAAUUGCUCCCAUUUAGGGAAGGGGACAUUGAUUUCUUGCUAACUUGGAGAUUUUCAAGAGGUGAGUAUGUUCCCAGUUCAGACCGCCUUGGUUCAAAUCUUUACCACUUACCUGCUCUGUAACAGGCAAAUAGGGCAAAUUCCCUGGGCCUGUUUCCUCAUUUGAAAAGUAGGAAUAAGAGUACCUUCAAGGUUGUUAUGAAGAUUUUUUUACUUACAUAGCAAUACUGUGUGCUGUGCGAUAUUCUAACUACCUUAAACAUUAAUUCACUGGUUAAGUACUUGAAAGAGUGUUUUGGCGCAUAACAAGCAUUCAGUACAUACUGCUUAUCAUUUUUUUCUCUUUUCUGCUCAACAUCAGGCCUAGACUUUUAGAGCUGAAAGAGACAUGGUUCACUCACCCAAUUCUUGAAAUCUACAGAGGAGAAGACAGGCAUAGGCUUGGUCACACAGGAAGUGACAGACCCAGGAGAACAUAGUUCUGGGGCGCUUCCUCUUGCUGGAGUGGGCCUCGUAGGCCCUGCUCCCUUGGGUCUCGGGUGUCUGGCAUCUGCCUGUGGGUAGACUUCAGGGAUGCAUCCAGAAGGAAAGUGCCGCUACCCCCUCAGUGGGCAGAUGGGCAGAUUGAGGAGGCCUUGAGCCCACACAGGCACAUCUGUGACUCCUACAGAAGGCUGCAGGUCUUUCCUGAGAGAGUUACCUCCACCACCACCUGUCAGUCACACCCACCAAAGCAAGUAUCCCCUUUUUAGCCUCUUGAAAUCUGGAGCAGGGUAAAAAGGCAAGAGGCCAGUGGGCAAUAGCAGAGGAUGCCAGAAGUGUCCCACUCCCUCUUAAUCUGCUUGUGUUCCAAGAUCUGGGCUCCAGGGCCAUGGUUGAGCCACAGCAAACUUGGGCCACACUGAUGUCAGCGUGUAUCUUGGAGAGGCCUUAUCCCCCCAAAUCUCCAUCAGCCUUUCCAGAUUUUUGAGAUUCUUUCUAUCUUUUUAAAAGAGCUAUGUAAAUACUAUUUCAUGCUACAACCCACGUACGUGCACAGACCCCUUGCAACCAGUUCCAACCCCUAGUCCUGGCUUCCAUGACUUGUGCUUAUAGACUUUUCCUAACAAGGCCUCCGCGGCCCUUUGCCAAGCUACUUCUCUUGGCUUACCCAGGAGUUCACCUGGGUCAGAUUUUCUCUCAAAACACAUAUAGUCUCUUUAGCUACCAACCUUGCCAGAUGAAGUUUGGCCUAUGGCAUAGGGCAGUGCUGCAAUCCCCAGCCAUCCCCGACUCCCGUGCCAUCUAAGCUCCACUCUUGUUUCUCAAAGUACUAAGAUGGCCAUCCCAGGCCCUACCCUUCUUGGGACCCCCGGAGCCUUUUCUAGCCCCCAGCUCCAUCAUCAAAGGCCCUGUCUCAGGGCCCAUUCAUUUGGAUCCCAUCUCUCACUACUGGAGUUUUCCUCUGGGGUCACCUUUUCUUCCCAGAGGACACCAAGCCAGAACUCCGAUGAGCAGACUCCAUUGUAGGAGGUAGGGUUGAGGGUAGUGGGAGAAGUGUUCCUUUUUAAGUGCUGGAGUAUAGUGCCAGGAAGAUGGGAUUAUAUUUCUCUCCUGCUUGGGACUCCCUGCUCAGCUCCUCUCUGGCUGUACCCCCAUCCUGAGUUCCCAAGUACCAGGCCUAGGUAGUCUUCUUCUUCCAUCUGCCCCCUACCUAGGGGGUUCAUUCAAAGUCCCAUCCCUACCUAUCCUGGUUAUGCAGACACUUAGUUUAAGAGGAGAGCUCAAAACUGCCUCUGGGCAAGAGGCCUCUUAAAAGUCAAUGUCAGACUAUUCUUCCCUGGGGGCCACAUAGCAAGGGCCCUUAGAGUGGACAGAGGGCAGACCUCAUUACACCUGGAGUGUAGCUGAUACCUGUUGAUGCCCCUUCACUUUCUCCUCCUUCCUGGGAGCUGCUCUGGCUUCUAGGUUGGUGGAGCCCUACCAGGGACCCUACCUCAUGGGAGCUUUCUGGGCAGGAAUUCCCAGGGGCCCUUUUCAGCCAAAUGCGGAGGGAUAGUGCCCAGAGUCCCGCUUCUCCCCAAAAUGAAUUCAUUGCAGGUUUUAAAGAAGGCUUCAACCUCUCCUUCCACACCUCUUCUUCUGUUACUUCUACCACCACCAUUGAAACUCCUUGAGAAAACUCCAACACAUUGGUCCAAGUUAGUAUGCUGUUCCCCCUGACGCUCAGCCUUCUUCUUAGACCAAGUUUGUUCCUUCUUUUCCCCACUCCCUCAUUCACAGAAGCCCAGGACACUGGGAGCUUGGGGGCAAGGGAAGACUGUAGGAAGGUGGACAUUCUCUCCUUAAUCAUGUUGUCUGGCUGCCCUAAGAUUAGAAAGUAAUUGAAGAUAUCUGCCUCAAUGUCUUCCUUUCCUCCUUUUUCCUCUGCAUGGCUGGUUACUUUCCUGUUAUCAUCUCAAUAUACAGAAUAGGCUGUGUCAUUUUAUUCAUCUUCUUGUGUGAGCCACAGUGAAGACUGCAAGCAAGCCCAGGCACCGUCCUUCAUUGCCAUUCAUUUAAAAAGUAUCUACUGAGCCCAGAUCAGGCACCUGGCAUUGUUUCAAACAACCACCUCCUCAGCUCGGUCUCCUCCUUGCACCCCACCCCCCAUGAAAAGCUCACACAAUUGCCUAGAAAGUCACACAUCCUUUGAUUAAUUCUGUUUUAUUAAGGAAAAAUAAAGCUGUUCUCCAUCUCUCAAAUUCUAAGUAUUUUUUUUACGGUGGAUUAACUGGGACUAAUUUUUAAGCUGCUCACCUAAUCCUAACAGAAUCAGAAAUCAUUUUUUAAAGGGUUGCUUUUUACUCAUAUUUUUAAAAUGGAUACUACCAACUGUAAAAGAAAAAGGUCCUCCUAAGGGGCUAAGAAAUAAAUGCCAUAUAGUCUGAGCUAACAGCUCCCGUUUUCCGCUAAUGAAAGUCAAAUCAGGAAAUGAGUUCAGAAAUACCCAGAGAAUGGGUGGAAGUUAGAAUGCAAAGAGAUCUUUGUAGAGAGGGAUCUCAUUCAUGGGCUUGGUAGGACUUGCUGAGAACUUCGGCAACUGAAUUUGAUUUAGAAAUCAUGUGUGUGUGCGCGCGUGCUCUACAAACCUACACAUAACUCCCAUUCUUUUCAUCAGAAUAGUCAAAAUCAUACAUGUUUUCACACUGAUUGGUAGAAACUCUGGUGGGCCAUGGAAGGGUGCUGGGAGUCAGUUCUUUCUUUAUGUAUCCCCCUUGGUGGGAGCUGGGGGCAUCUUUCCCACCCCCAUCUAGCCCAGCACAGAAUGUCACAUUCUCCGGUAGAGCGGUAGAGCUCGGGCCCAAGCUCCUUUUCUGGGCUUUCUCAGCAGGAGAGCGCACUCCCUCCUCCUCUCUUAGGCUCACCCUCUUUUGGGAGUGGCAGUGUGGGGGCGUAGCAUUUCACUCAGGUUUGGGCGCAGGGACCAUGAGCCCCUGGCCCUGUGGGAGCAGGGACAUCUGACUUCCUGGGCUUGGGUUCCUUGAGAACCUCAUUUGCUUCCUCACACCCUGUCUCCUUCACACCAAGGCUGUUUUAUUGUUUUAUAACCUUCUUUUAGAGCUUCAGUUGCCAAAGAUCCCGAUGGGGCUAUUCUCCAGUUUCUCACUUUACCAAACCCCAAGUCUUGCUGUUUUAAGCAGUUUGGUCACUUGCAAAGGCUCCCCUUUCAGAGCCAAGCAAAUUAUAGAAACCUCUAGGCAUGUGGCUACCUUCACCUUUCUCACUGAGCCCAUCCACAACAAUACAGAGCCAAGUGUUAACCCCAAAUGCCACCCCCACCCCAAGCCCACCCAGCCUCUCCCUAACCACCCUUUUUUUCUGUUGAAGUUUGAACAAAAUCUCAAAUAAUUCCUGGUAUAAGCAAGUAAGGAGUAGCCUUUGACUUGCCUUUUUAUUUACCACAUCUAGAGCUAGAGAAUGAUUGAAAUAAAGGAGUUGAUGGUACUCACAGUGAAUGCAGCCAAAGAAUCAUAAGACAUGCCCACCAACCAGUCUUUUCGAAAUAGCACUAUCUCCCAGCUUAAACAGACUUCUCUGAAAAGAUGCUAUUUGAAAAGCCCAGGGUAUUGAUAUGAAUAUGAUCCCCCUUGCAUCCUGAAUAUUUGGAACUAUUUAAAUGUGAGAGAACAGUUGCAGUGAACCUUUAUUUAGUGAAUAAAAGUUUAAAGCCGAAGGUUAUUUAUGGUUGUGCAGAGAUGAGACCUGAGUGGCUAUUUACGAGCACGUGAUUCCAAUAAACUUUGUUUUAUGGCUUGAGAGUUGACAAGCCAAAAUAUAAUUCCCACCAUAAAUUAGGUUAAGAGCAUACAAGUGCAGAUGCUUGGUUCUUGGAGGAGCGAUAGGGAAGUGAGAGGCUCCAGCUAGCACCAGGCUCAGAAGGAGACAGUUCUACUCCCAGUUCCCUUGCCCACUAGGAGAGAAAACCAGUAAGUCACUUACUACUUUUUCCAGGACAGCUCCAGGGGUGGGGGAUUUCUCUGCCUUCUCUUUCCUGCCUGGGGUGAAGAGAAGUCCCAGAGAAGUUAAUUUUCAUUUUAGCCUAAACCUCACUUAACAAAUAGAAUGGGAAUCCCGGUUUCCUCCCCUCCCUUCUGGACACAGAAAGUUAGGAACUGAGGGCUCCUACCUCACAAAAGGGACUUACUGUCUCUCUCCUCCUACUAAUGGAGCAUCUGCCUCAGACGUGGAAUUACACAGUGGUAGUCUAGGUGGAGAGAGUGCGAGAGUGGGGGAGAAAGGGGGAGGGAGGGAAAGGAUGAGGAUGGAGAGGGCUUUGCCUCUGAGAUUUCUCAGGGAAGACUGCCAUCCUAGAAUAGAUGAAAACUUAAAGCUGGACACCAGCCCCUGUGAGGAGCAUGGCUCUGUAAGGUUGCUUUGUGGGCUCUCCAGUAGCAAUGCUUGACAAAAUGCUGUCACAUCCAGAGAGCUGCGGAACAAUCUAAAGCAUUGCCAUUUACCUUCAAACCCAUCGAUUUUCCUCCUCCUUUGGUUAUCAUUUGGGUCCCCAUUUCCCUUGGAAAUUGUUCUUUGUUUUGAAUUGGAGCAGAAGUGGGAAGGCAAGUCCCAGUCGUGCCUGGCCCUUCUUUGGAAAGGAGAAGACAGGUUUUGGGGGCGCUAGUUGGGGCUGGGGAAUUUGAAACCAAUCUGAAACUGGGAAAGGGGGUUGAAUUGCGCCCAGCGCGAGGCAGACGGGGAGCUGGGGCAGGGGACAGAUGCAGCGGCCGCCCCCUCCCCAGUGGACUUGCGCCCACCCGGCCGAUUGUGUAGAAGGAAACACACAAAGGCCCAUUUUCUCCUCGCUUCCCGUUUUCCCACUGGGGAAACCCUGUUACAGGCAGCCUGAGUCGGGCCAGGCAACCAGUAAGGUUUUGCCCAAGGGUGCAUGGAGUGGGGGAGGUGACGGGGGCCAUACUCUCCUACUGCCCGGGUCUGCCCUUGAGGACUGCGGUCUCGCGCUCCGCGGAGAACUUGGCGCAGUUCCUGGGGGCGGCACCCGAAGCGGGGCGGUCUGGGUAUUGGUGGGGUGCCUGGGCCUUGUCAUUUUUCUGUAUAUCCUCUACCUCUGCUUUAUUAUCCUGUGGAAUUUAAGUGACCCCCGUUUUCAUUGCAACAGGUUCGGGGCCGUGAGAGACUGCCGCUGUAAGUACCUUCCCGUUUCUUCCGAACUGCGAAGAGGCGGUAUUGAUAACUGGGGAGGUGUUGGCGGAAGGGCCGCGCCAGAAGACUGGGCGGGUGGAAGGGCGGCCCUGGCCGCCCUGGCCUGGCGGUGCGAGGCGAGCUCUCUUUGGGAGUGGAGGCUCUAAGUUGUGCUCCUGGAUAGAUUUCCUGGGGCCUAGUUCACAGCCACCCAACCAAGAGAACACACCGCAGGCUCUCGCCCCUGUCUCCUUGGGCCUCUCUAGGCCUCCCCAGCUCGCACAGGUGCAGCUCCGCUGCCGCCCUGCGCUUCUGUUAAGAGCUUGCAGCUAAUUAGCAGCCCGCCCUAUUAACGAGUUUUGAGUUUCGGCGAGCAUCGCUUUCUGCUUGAACCAGCCUGCUAAACGCCAGAUCAACGCGGUUCCCCUCCGCAGCCCAGCCUAGCUUAACCCGGUCCAACCUGGCCCAACCUUCUCUUCUCUUGUUUUGUUCUGUUUUUAAUAAAAAAGAAGAAAGAAAAACGUAACCCUCUACGGCUGCGGGUGUGUGAAGUUGGUCCGCUUCCGGGAAGGGCUGCGAAUUCUGAGCUUUAGGUGGAAAUCCCUCCCCGCCCCUCCCCCGCGCCAGCCCCAGAGGUUUGGGCUCUGGGCUGGGGACACCGGCUGAGCAAGGCGGGAGGGAUACGACCAUUCUGGUUCACCUCUGCUCCUCUGGAGCUGCAGUUCGAGAAUUUUCGCGCCAGAGCCGCUAGUGUUGCAGGCAAACGUCGUGGUGGUGGUGGUGGUGGUAGGGCUGCGGUGGGGGGCAGAGAUUCUUGGGGACCUGGGCUCAGAAGUUUGGAUCUUUCUGAGUUGCCUGUGCUGCGGAAGACAGGUACAUUUCUGAGGCGGCCUGUGAGAUCUCCAGAAGGGCUAGCCCAUUAAGGUGAUGGUAGUGGCAGAAGAAUUAAGGAAGAAACAGUGAGGCUUCCCUCACUGCAAAAUGGAGAUUAUUUUAUUUUAAUGGGAGAUAGAAUGGAGGAGGGCUAUAGAAGCCAGGCACCCUUCCUCUCUGGUGAGACACCCUUUGCUAGGGCUUGGCUCUGGGCCAGGUUUCUCUGCCCCCCCAGGGUGAGCAACCUACUUGACUUCCUGGGGGCUGUGUUCCUCCCCAGAAGUGGAGAUUCUGCCCAGUUCAUAGUUCCCCUCUAUUAAUCAGGCUGGCCCAAAUGAAACCAGCUCUGGGCUCCAGGCUGGAAAAUCUGGUGUCCCCAGGACACCCUGGUUUUGCCCCCUUUCUGCCACUGCCCCUGCUCUGGGUGCUUAUCUCUGCCAGUGCUCCUCGCUUGCAAACCCACAUUCGGCACCCUGUAGCUGAACACAGCACAAAAAGCCCGAGAGAUCAAAAGCAUUUGUAUGGGCAGUUGAGCGGGAGGUGAAUAUUUAACGCUUUUGUUCAUCAAUAACUCGUUGGCUUUGACCUGUCUGAACAAGUGGAGCAAUAAGGUGAAAUGCAGGUCACAGCGUCUAACAAAUAUGAAAAUGUGUACCCUCACCCGGAUCCCCACCCAGCCCAGCAGCCUCCCCCAAUUUGUCUGGGUAAAGCCUAGGCCCAGUGUCCCCAGGCAGGUGGGUGUGUGGGAGCGCUGGGCAUUAGGGGAAGUUGGGGGGAACCCCCCCCUGAACAAGGGAAUUUGGUAUGGGGUAGCCUCGGACUCUCCUUAGAUUUGGCACCCAGGAAAUCCCUACGAAAUAGCCAAAGCCCUGGAACCAAAGGAUGGAGGGGGUGAGGUGGGGAGUGUCCAAAGUGCAGAGUAGAAGCAGGGAGCCAAUUUUGCCAGGCUGGGGGGCAGAGGGGAGUUUCCCUGCUCUACCCCACCAGAUCCAGGAUAAGGCUGAAACUAAUUUUUGAAUCAUAAGGGAGAAAACCAAAACAAUCAAAAAAAAAUUUUUAACACCUCUGGCCUACGGUCAGAGAUCCAAAAGCCCCUCUUGAGCCCGGGCAUCCUUCUGCCCCUGAAGCCCAUCCGGGCCCCGAGUGUGUCUGUGUUCUUCGUGCCCCAGACGGGGGGAUGAGCCCUAGACGGCGCUGGGGCGGGUGCAGUUCCUGAACUUUUGUACUCUUGUGUGGUGCUGUCGGCAAAGCAGAAAUAAUGAAACUUUGUGAUAUGUUUGUAAAUGAUUUCAAAUGACCCCUCGCCCUGCCCUUCACCAUUAGCGCGCCGACCCUAGCCCAGGGCAGCUCCGUGCCUGCAAGCAGUGCCUGCCGCGGGGUCUGCAGCAGCGGGACAGAGCGGCCAGACGGGCCCAGGGCCCAGGAAGGUAAAUGGGAGACUUCUGGGAGAACGAGCUUUGUCAGCCAACCUGGCUUGCUCCCACACUGGGGAAAAAAGAAUGGGUGGAGGAUAUUCCCCUCUUGCAUCUUUUCUUCUGCCUCUGAGGGCGUUUGCACCUUUCAGGAAAAUACCACUUGAUAAGGGGGGGGGUAGCUGGAUCUGGAGGGGGGGUAAUAAAGCUGCCAUUUCCAGGAUGGAUUAUUUUUUCUUCUUUUCUUGUCUUUCUUUCUUAAGAAGACUGUCCCGUCUCCUUGGCUGCUCAGUCACUCCAGCCCUGGUACAAGGAUGGGGAACUCGUUGCUGCAAAUUUUCACCAAGCUCUCCAAGCUACCUGAACCCUCUCUGAAAGUGCGAGGAGCUGCGUCGGGCUGGUGAUGGCUCCGAGGAAGAGGCCGGGGCUGCCAGUGGUCUGGGUACCCACUCUGGGUGGAACCUGGAACUAGUAACGUUGUCUAUAUAUACCCUGUAGAACCGAAUUUGUGUGGUAUCCACAUAGUCACAGAUUCGAUUCUAGGGGAAUAUAUGGUCGAUGCAAAAACUUCAUGUUUCUCCGAAAUGGCCAUAGUCAGAAGCAGAGGCCAGAGGCAGCCGGGCGCGGGUCAGUUUUCUUUCUGUUUUAUUACCUUAGACUCCAGGAGGAUGGACUGAGCCUGGUGCCAUAGUGGAGUCUUCGCCUCGAGAAGCCCCGCAUAGGCUCCCGUGUAAACCCUUAAUUAGUUGCAUGAAUGCAGGGCCAAAGGGCUAGCUUUUGGGGGACUGGGGAGCAGGGUGGAAGGCCAGGUAGCCCCAGCCCCGAUUCUGCCCUGAAGGAGUAUGAGGUGAGGUCAGAGGCUGCCAGUGAGGGGGCUCACUGGUCAUUGACCGCCAUGUGGGAAGAAGGCCAUUUAGGAAGAAGGAGUGCAGGGUCCUUUGGAGCCCAUCUGGGUGAGGUGGGGGUGCCAACACCACCUUCCAGGCCCACCCCUCAGCUGCAUGAGCUGGGGGUGGGGAGGCGGGUAGCAGUCUUGCCAUACCUGAAAGACCGGCUUGGGCUAGAAACACUCCAGCCUGGGCACUCACAGAAAGCUUGGCAGUUACUCAUUGCCUGAUUUGAUUCAGGCCGGCCAGAUUGUUGUAACUUUUGGGUGACCCUGAUGAAGACAAAGCCAGGACUCGGCCUUUGUAUGGCAGAGUCCCCGCUCCCGCGGGCGGGAGCCCUGCCUGCCUGGGGUACUCCGCCUAACUCAGAGGCUGCCUCACCCACCCGCCUGGUGGUAUUCUGCAGCCUGACAGAUUUGGGGUUUCAUUCCCCCCAUUGAACUGUGCCCAUUUUGGGGGGCUGUUUUCAGGCGGGGGUGCGUGGAGAGGGCACUCGAGGUUAACAAAGUCGGUGGCAGACAAAAGCUGGGAUUACCUGCCAGGAAUGAGGCUGCUGGGGAUUAGAGAACUACAGUAACAUCUGGUGGGGGCCUUCAAAUGUGCCAUGGCGAGUCACUGGAUCACACGUAUGUUAUUUAGUUGAAUUUGUGAAAAUUAUGAGAUGCUCACCAACCCGGUGAUAAACUCGCUCCCUCGCUAUUGGCUGGCCCGGUCACAUGGCCGCCAACUUUAUUCAGUUGACAGCAAGUAGGAGGGCCCUAUGGAAGGAGAAAAAAAGACAACACGAGAAAAAUUAGUAUUUUCUACCUUCUGAAAUUAAUGGCCAUGAGUUCGUAUAUGGUGAACUCCAAGUAUGUGGACCCCAAGUUCCCUCCGUGCGAGGAGUAUUUGCAGGGCGGCUACCUAGGCGAGCAGGGCGCCGACUACUACGGCGGUGGCGUGCAGGGUGCAGACUUCCAGCCCCCGGGGCUCUACCCACGGCCCGAGUUCGGUGAGCAGACCUUCGGAGGCGGCGGCCCUGGGCCCGGCUCCGCGCUGCCCACACGGGGUCACGGGCAAGAAGCCAGUGGCCCCGGCGGCCACUACGGAGCCCCAGGAGAGCCGUGCCCCGCGCCCCCCGCGCCCCCGCCCGCGCCCCUGCCCGGCGCCCGGGCCUGCAGCCAGCCGGGCGGCCCCAAGCAGCCGCCCCCCGGGACGGCACUCAAGCAGCCCGCCGUGGUCUACCCGUGGAUGAAGAAGGUGCACGUGAAUUCGGUGAACCCCAACUACACUGGCGGGGAGCCCAAGCGGUCCCGGACGGCCUACACCCGGCAGCAAGUCCUAGAACUGGAAAAGGAAUUUCAUUUUAACAGCUGCUCCCGGCCAACAUUUGCAGCCUCUGGCCAAGGACCACCACACGGACCUGACGACCUUAUAGACGUGGGGACCCUGGGCCCAUUCCUCCCUGCGCUCCCGGCUGAGCCGAAGCUGCGGGGGCAGGCCGGGCUUGCUGUCACCUCCCUGGGCUCUAAGGUACUGUGGGGUGGACCUGGGACACGCAGGCCGCCCUCGGACUAGGUUAGCAUCCUGCCCGAGGGCAGCCCCCUCCCUCCCUGGAGCGGGAUGGGGGUGGGAGGGGGGCGGGAUUCUCUCUCUGAGUACAUUAUCAUAUGGCAGGAGCUACUGAGAACAUAAACCUUGGCCAGUUAUUAAACUUAUGAAAAUCUCUGCUGUUGGAUUUUGAAUUUGCAAAUGAAGGUUGGAUACUUUAUCCCAGCUUGAAUCUGAACAUCCUCCCCCACCCCACCCCUCCAGGGAUCUUUGUGGUUUAAUAAUGUGGGGGAGUUGAGGCAGAAGGUUGGCCGCCCUGUGCUAGCUGCUUUCAGGGGAAACAGGAGAGCUGGGCCAGGAUUUCUGAACUUUCUGGGUUAUCUGUAUAAUUUCCAGUGUGAGAAAAAGUAUUUUGCUCCCAGUGGCCCCAUGCCCAAAGAAACGAGUCUAAGAAGAAAGUGGAAACGGGUUAUUUUAUGUUUAGAUUAUAUUUGCUUAAAUAUUUAUUUGUUGGGGGAUGGGGAACAGAAAUAACUGACAUCUUAAUGCCAAAAAUCUUGAGACGGUGAAAGGGGCUGAGUUUCAGGGAGGAGAAUCAGAGAUGCGUGGACUAACUUCUGGCUCUAAGCGGCAUUUUGAACUCCACCCCCCUCCCCACUCCCCGGAAAUGUGUGUAGGGGGCCCUUAACUCUUUUAGAAGGAAGCAAAGGGUCCACUCAGAGUUGAGUUCUUGAAAAUAUAUUUCCACAUGUGCUUUUUUCAGCACUGUGCUUACAACUAGUUCUGGGUGAUUAAAGAAAAGGGAAAAGAAAGAAACAAAUGGUCCAACAUUUUUCCUUCUGGGGAAAGAAAACAAAACCUCUAUGUUCUGGGUCAUUAGAUAAUGACUGAAUUUUCUGUUCCAACUGGAUUCCAAAUGCUGGAUUCCAAAUAACCCAUAUAGCAGUUUUCUUAUAGGAAUUGGUGUACGCCUAUAUGGGAGAGGGGGUGUGUAGUGGGGAGAAAAUGGGAAAGUAGGGGAAUCUUGCUUUAAAAAGGAGAGAGAAAACUAAUUGAAUCUAGAAGUCCACAAAAGUUGGUCUUAGGGUUUUUUUUUUCCCUGAAGUUUUUAUUUUUUAAACAGAUGUAAGGAAGUUUUUCUCAACACAUGAAUUAGAAGCAGAAAUUGUAAAAGUAUAAAAGUUUCAGGCCCUCUUCCUUGCCUUAAAGAAUGGUGGUUUAAGAACAAUCACUCUCAAACAACAAGAGUGAUGUUCUUCAGUCAUUUUUCUUAUGCCUUGCCUGAGAAGGGUUCAAAGCUCAUUUUUCUAAAAUGCUGACCCUUAAGGAUAAGGGGGGAAGGAGUCAAAGGUAAUCGCCAGAGUUCAUAUACUCAAAUGAAACAAGACUUUGGAAGUUUAAACCCCAAAGCCUCGGGCUCCAAAAAGAAACCCCUGGUUGUAGCUACAGAAAAGUGACAAAAGGGGGUGGGGGGGGAGGGAUGAGCUUGAAAGAGAGAUUCAGAACUGGAGGUAUUUUUUUCAGGGCUUCAGAACACUUUAGAAGGUGCGGAGGUAAUUUUUUAAAAUAUAUUUAGGUGGAGGGAGAAAAAAGAGUUUUUCUGCACGCAUGUUCUUUGGUGUCUCCUGAGAGCUGAGAGCAGGUAUUCACUGGAGUCCCUAGGCUGAAAUUCCACUUCUCUAAAGUAUCUUCCAAGCCUUGGUCUUUUGUAUUAGACCCUGGGGACAGCUCUUUGUUCCUCCUUGGGGUGAGCCUGGCUCUCAGACUUGCACAUGGCAAUACUUGAAUAUCGCCACGUCGGGAUAUUAAAGAUGGAUAUUCCUGCAUUAUUCGCAUCAUUGUUUCUAUGACAAAAAGCAAAGAGUCCAUACAUAGUCAAGACGUCUUUUUUUCUGACGCCCUCACGUUGAGAAGCUGAAAAGGUAUUUUACUGAAGUUCGGCUAAAUUACAGAAUCAGGUUCAUCCAGAGGACAAAUUUUCUAUUCGAUUAGCUGUAUUUCAGCCGGGAGGACUGACCUCUAAACCCUUAACCUUUUGGACUCUAACUACCCUUCUCUUCUUUUUUUUCCCCUCUAACAUGGAGAGCAGUCUUUGGAUGUAGCAUUUGAAAAGAGCCGCUUUGGUUAGGCAAGUUGGAAAGUGGCUAAGAUUCUUUCCUAAGGCCCAACUCUGUGAAUAUAUUGAACCUUCUCCU